UCGGCUUUAGGUUGCUCAAGGAAUAAUACAUCAAUCAAUCAAUCACUCACCACUCAUCACACACACCAUUCACCCAUGCAAUCUCCUCGUCCCCGUCCCACUCCGGGUGCCCUUUGCGGCGUGCCUUCAACCGCAAAAUGCGGUGCUUGCCCCACACUCUAUUGCUCCAAAGACCACCAAAGGCAACACUGGAAGACGCAUAAACUCACCUGUCCGGCAGCCGCCCGAACUCAGACCCACCCUCCACCACCACCUUUCGUCGCCGCCUUGACGCCCGCAGUCCGCCGCUUCAACUCUCUUGGACGACAUCCUCUGGCUCCGUCGGGUUUGGUUCCCAACCAUUGGCACUUCUCUAUUCGACGCAUCACCCUUCCCCCGGCGUCGGACGUACUGCUACUCGUAUCGCCCCCAUCCCGCUACAUGCACAUCGAGCGCCCCACGACCCCAACAUUUAUCUCGUCUCUCGAUCCGGACGCUCGUGCAGCCGUGAUCGUGCCGAUGCUGCUCAAGGGCUUCAAUUCCGGCUUGGGCGGCCCGGAGACUCGCGCGCCGUUCACGUGGGCGACGAAUGACGUCGAGACGGCUAGGGCUGUGGAGCGAGAGCUGGCAACAGUGGGCGUGAGGAGGAUCUGCGGGUCGUGCAGACGGGCAACAGGGCGGAAGACGAUAUUGCCGAUGAAGGGUGGAAUGACAUGAUGAAGACAUUCCUUGAGGUGAUGCAUAGGAGCCCAUAAAGCCAACAACGUUUGUGGCCCUGUGAGGUGCAAUGUGAGGAUAGUGAGAAUGUGAGGUGCAAUAUGAACAGCAAUAUGAAUGACAAUAUGAGCGGCCAUGUGAGCAGCAAUGUGAACGCGAGCAUCUGAUCUUUUUCUUGUUCAGAGAUCUGUUCAAACGGUAGGUGAGUUGGGUAACGCUCCAUCGUAGCGUUCAAGGUCUUCACACACUACGAUAGUCAGCAGUGCAACUCAUGAUCGGUACCCUCGAACUGUCCAACAUAAGGUACAGUACGUGCUGUUCCAGCGCGUAGAUACAUCCUUAGGAAUUCUUCCCACA